AGAGCAGCCGCUGCCGCUGCUGCUGCUGCCGCUGCAUCUGCCUCGUCCACACAGAACACCGACCACGAAUCACCCGACCCGUCUAUAGAUGCCUCUGAUCACACAGGAAUGACCGCUCAGGAAUUCUUCACGAAUGAGAAUUACGCCAACGGUCGUACACAACGAGGUGGCGGCAAACGGCGACGUCGACGCGGUGCAGCCAAUAGCCGACCGUAUCGCCGUAUGCCCGCACGGAACACGGCGGGGAGCCGCAUCGAUGCAGUCUCCAACUCGUAUCAGAACACACCGAAUUCCUCUAGACUGGACGAGUUGGACGAAGUAGAUUCAGAGAACGAAACCGAGAAAAGAUUGGGUCCUUCGGGGUCCAUUGAUACAACACACUCAGCCACAAUCGCUUGUCCUUAUCCCGAUUGUCAGAAAACGUUUGAUGAUCUGGUCAGUAUGCGAUAUCACUUUUCAAUGGGUCACACAACAAAGCAUGAGACCUCGGUGAAACCAGAACCUCGUCGAUCUGAUUCAACGGAACUCCACGCGAAUCCGAGUGGAACAAACAAUGCCACAGAUACCGAGUUCAUCUGUGUAGAUGACUCUGGACCCAUCUCUUCUCCUCCACCAUUGGGUCAGGCACAUGAACAAGUCAAUGCUAGUCAGGAAGAUUGUACUGAACCCAUGGCCGCUGAGGAUGGCUUUGAUAAUCUAGAACCUCCCAGACUCCACAGAAUUGUGUCCAUCACAGACUCAACCAAUGGUCUUUCCCAAGGGAUGCUUCUUUCCAGCCCAUCGAAACAAGGUGACGGGAAUGAUGAGCCUCCGGCUCCCAGUCCGGCUUAUUCAGACAUAUCCGAUGAUGGAACAGUACCAGCAGAUCAGAGUGCCUCGUUCCUUGACAGUUACAAUUUGCAUUUGAUGACCAAAUUGCCCUCGAACGUGGGUCCCACACUUCUGUCCCCGUCCUCGACUGUUUACCCCGCCAAUUCUCCCCGCCCCUUCUCCAACUACAACGCUUUCCUCUGGAUCACCCUCAGUGCGAAACCACCCUCCAAACAGUAA